AUGGAAAAAGGGGAAGGCAGCGUUGGUCGCUGGUUUGUGCGAGCUGCUGAUGUAGUUUCGCCAGAGCAUUGGAUGUUUACGAUGAGUUUUGGUCGUGUUCGUCGAAGAAGGCUUUCCGGAGAAGAUGAGGAGGUGAGGAGAGAAACCCCUUGGGUUUUGGGUGAAUUUUCACCGAAAAAAUGGAAAAAGAACAGGGAGACUAUUCUCGACAUAUUUUUCCCAAUAGAGUUGAGAGAGGCAAAGGCUCAAGAAUUCAUGAACUUGAGGCAGGGUAACAUGAUAGUCCAAGACUAUGGGCUGAAGUUUAACCAACUCUCCAGGUAUGCUCCUCACAUUGUUGCUGACUCUAGGGCUCAGAUGAACAUGUUCUUGUAUGGAGUGUCACAUUUUGUGAAAAAUAAGUGUACAAAUGAUAUGUUACUUGGAGAUAUGAACAUCUCUAGGCUUAUGAUUCUUUCUCAGCAGGCUGAGAAUGAUAAGCUUAAGGAACAGGCUAAGGAAAAUAAGAAGGCUAGGACUGGGAACUAUGAAUAUUCUCAGAAGAAAUUGGGUGGUGGAAAUCACUCACAUAGUCAGCAAAAAUUUUCAGCUCCUGCCCCUUCAUCAGCUAGUGAUCCAUCGAACAAGUUUGACCAGAAGGGUAGAGCACUAGGCUCUAAGACUCAGGGAAGUGUUUCAGGCACCAAGACAUACCCCGCUUCCCCUGAGUGUGGUAAGAAUCAUCCGGGCGAGUGUCUCACAGGAAAAGAAGGAUGUUUUGGGUGCGGUCAGUCUGGUCAUUGGUUGAGGGACUGUCUUUCUAGAAAAGGUCAAGGAGGUUGUAAUGGUAGAGAUCACUCUACAAAUUCAGGAGCGCUAGCAAGUCACCGAACUCAGCAGGGUAACUCAUUAGGUACAAGUGGUGUUCAUCAUCAGAACAGCUUGUAUGCUCUUCAAGCUCGCCAGGAUCAGGAAGUGUUGUUCGUAAAGAAUAAAAAUGGUUCUCUCAAAAUGUUCAUUGACUAUAGACAGUUGAACAAGAUCAUGCCUCCUUAUAGAGCUAACGCUAGGAAUGUGAACUCCAAGAAUGCAAACGCAACUCCUCCAGUCCCAAAUCAAGAAGUCUCUAAUGCCGAGUUCAAGAAUGCCAUACAGAUGUUGGCUUAG